CCCAGAAUAUAGUAGCCAGCAUAGUAGGUUCUUCAUCACAUCGCCCCAACCCACGACAUCAGACUGAGCACUAGUAGUUUCACCGCCAAACAAGAGCCUUCUCGGCGCGCCAGAAGAGCAUUGCAGCCGCAUACUACCGCGGCGGUACAUCACGAGCGCUGAUCUUCCACAAAAAGGACCUACCUGCCAAUCCAGCAGAAUGGCGGGCGAUCUUCCUCGGCACCAUCGGCUCGCCUGAUCCGCAUGGCAGACAGCUCGAUGGCAUGGGCGGCGGCAUCUCCAGUCUCUCGAAGAUCUGCGUGGUCGGCGCGUCGGAGCGCCGCGAUGUGGACAUCGACUUCACCUUUGUGCAGGUGGGUGUGAAGGACGACCGCAUCGACUAUGCUGGCAACUGUGGGAAUAUGUCCAGCGCAAUCGGCCCGUUUGCCGUGGACUCUGGCUUGAUUCGUGGCAUUACCGGCUCUGAAACCACGGUCAGCCUGUACAACACCAACACGAAGAAGAUCAUCCACGCCACCUUCCCUGUUGUCCCUGGUGGGGAGGAGGCAGUAUAUGACGGCGACUUUGCGAUUGACGGGGUAGCUGGGACGGGCGCGAAGAUCCAGCUCGACUUUAUCGACCCGAGCGGAUCGAAGACCGGCAAGUUGCUGCCGACAGGGAAUGUGGUUGAUCGGAUCGAGGGGCUAGAUGUAACGUGCAUCGACGCAGGAAAUCCGUGCGUGUUUGUCAAGGCGGAUGAUCUUGCGGUGGACGGGGCCUUGCUGCCUGAGGAGACCGAGCGACGGGGCGAUCUGUUGGCACGGUUGGAGUCUCUUCGCGCCACGGCUGCCGUGGCUAUGGGCAUGGCGCCGACGGUGGACGAGGUGCCGCCGUCCAUCCCCAAGAUCUGCUUCGUGUCGACGCCGACGUCGCACGCGCUGGUGUCGGGCGAGCGUCUGGCAGGGGACUCGGUGGACGUGGUGGUCAGGGCCAUCUCGACGGGGCAGCCGCACAAGGCGCUACCCAUCACGUCGAGCCUAUGUGUGUCGGCGGCGGCGCAACUGGACGGCUCUGUGGUGCAGCAGUGCCUGGGCAGGCCGACUGGCCCCAAGACCGAGCUGGUCGUGGGCCAUCCCAGCGGCAGGCUCGUCGUCGGCGCGGUCUACGAUGCGGCGGGCCAGCUGCGGUCGUCGACGGUGUUCCGCACGGCGCGGCGGCUGAUGGAGGGCCGCGUCUACUGGAAGUAGAGUCUAGUUCUGUGAUGUACCUGUCUGUAGCUGUCUAUGUAUCUGGAGUGCAAUAUACCUGCCUGUACGCCUCUGUCCGUGGCUGCCUGCGCCUACAUGCC